UAAUUUACAAAUCCUUUGUAAAAGGAAUUUUAUAUUUGUGCUUAAGCUAAAAACAUAUAUCAACUCAUGCAUCCAUUUGUGUGUGUGUGUGCUUUUGUUUGUUCUUACAUUUUUUUUAUUGCUUUUUACCAAGUGACCUUUGCUUUUUUUCAUUACGAGAUCGACUCGUUAUCUUGUAAGAAUUUUGCAAUGUUGCAGCGCUGACAAAAAUUCCGUUUGUUUUCUCCAACGUUCUCUAUAUCUCUAGGUAGUUACAAUUCUACAUUGAAUGACAAUGCCUACAUAUACAAAAAUAACAAGACCAAAUAAUCAAUAACACUGAAGUGGGUCUAGAACUUUACGAACAAUUAUCCAUUCACAUACGUUAAUUAAACACCGCUUAUUAAAACUUUGAAGUUCAACGCGUUUUCGAUUUUUAAGAUAUUUUUAAAUAAGCAACGGCACAAAGUCAUUUCAUUUAGUCCAAAGUCCAUCCACAGCCAGUUUGUUAGUACCAUGUACUAUGAGAUGGACUUCAAAAUGAGAGUACCUAUUGUAAUAGUACUUCUGCUGUACAUAAGUACUCUAUCGGGAGUGACCGCUUUCUGUUAUCCGCAGAAUCUUGUCUACGAUAAAGAUGUGCCACGUUCGUUCGAUAUUCGUGCAUAUGAGACUUUCAUGUCCUUCCAGGGUUCUGCGAUAGGCCACUGCUCAGCAAAGUGUUUCGCUGACCUGGACUGCCAGGCGAUGGAGAUCUGUGUCACCGGCGGGGAGGAAUACUGCAGACUUGUCAGGGGAUGGGAACCAACUUUUCUCGGUCUGGACAACGGCGAUCGCUGUCAGCAAUAUAAAGUGAUGAUGAACUCUACGUGUGGCCCGGGGGAAUUCUAUGACCGAGGCACGGGGCAAUGCCUGACACAAGAGUGGUGUGACUUCGAGACCUCCCCGGAGACGUCCUGUUUCUUGAGUGAAGAUGUAGACGAUAUCUUCAACUGGUCCAGAAAAUCGGGCAGUACGAGUUCUGUUAGUACUGGACCAUCCUCGGCUAAGGUCGGAACGUACUACAAAUAUAUAGAAACUUCCUCACCCAGACUCACCGGGGACAACGCAAAGCUGGUCAGCAACAGGAUAUUCGAAGAUAAGACAUAUUGUCUUUCACUGUAUUACCACAUGUACGGGUCUACGACCGGAACAUUGCGGAUACAAACUAAAACGGGUAACGACACAUCAGUGACGCACUGGGAACGGUCAGGUGACCAGGGCAACUCGUGGCACAGCCUUAACAAUCUCACUCUCCCGCUGGAUAACAGCACACAGAUCAUUAUUGAAGGAGUGCGGGGCUCUAGCUAUUACAGUGAUAUCUCCGUGGACUACAUCGUGCUGUGGCCAUUUUCCUGUCCCUGAAGGGGCCUCCCCUGGAGAACCCUCACAAGAUUCCCUCUGUGUUAAAGCUUUACGUCACUUUAAACAAAACUGGAAUAGAAAAAAACCUCUUGUAUUAUAAUUACACUCAAAACUACUUGGCUUUGACUUUAUAUGUACUUUGUAAUUUCACUUACAUUACGGGUGGACAUACAGUAUAUACAUGUAUAUGUGUAUAAUUAUUCUAGUUAACGCGUUUCUGUCAUUUGUGCACUGUGCUGUUUAUCUGAAAAGAACAUUGUACAUUUACACGAUGUUUUCUGUUUACAUUUAAGAGUUUAUGAAAAUCAGAAAGCCCCUUUCUUUACGUAUACUCUACAUGAUCUUGUACAUUUAGUUACACAUUUAGUUAGUGACCUGAUACGGAAAAAUACAUGGUGUGAAAAGAAAACCCGUAUCAGGCGAGGCGAGCGGGUUUUCUUUUCACACCAUGCAUUUUUCCGUAUCAGGUCACUAACUAACUGUGUAACGAAUUUAUCACGCCGAAGUCCUCUAACUGUAUAUCUGAGGGUCUAUAUCAUACAACUUACUGCAUCAUAGGCCUCAAAUUCUUCAUUUUGACCCUGUUCCUUCAGACAGUCCCUAAGGAUCUUAGCCGCUUUUACAUUACACCGAAGUGUAUUCUCUGAAUUAACUUUUUUCCCCAUCUAUUUGUGUUGCUGUCGUCUGCCCAAAUCGCUUCGCCAUUUUGUCACGGCUGCACGUCGAACCCGAUAAUAAAUAAAAUUACUCGCCCAAUACGGAUUUUACUCGCAUGAUACGGUUUUUUUUUAUGGAGGCAUGUGACCAAGAUCUGACCAAUUGAAUUUUAAAAUUUUUGUCUGAGGCGUGAUAAAUGUACAUAUUGAUGAGUCCAAUAUUGCAAUCAAUAUGCAUAUUUGUCAUUAAACACUUAUCUAAACACG